AUGAUUCAGGGAGGAGAUUUUACGCGAAGAAAUGGUACCGGCGGCGAAAGCAUAUACGGUGGAACAUUUAACGGUAAGAACUUUUAUUGUUUAAUCAUACCAAAACAAAGUCAUCGUUGUCUCUUUUUGUAUAACCAUUCUACUAAAAAAAAUGAGAGUAUGCGUCGCAAACAUGAUCAGGAAGGGCUCUUGAGUAAACAUGUUGUUUUUGGACGAGUCGUUAGUGGAUAUGAAGUUGUGAAAGAAAUUGAAAAUACACCUACGGAUGAACAUGAUCGUCCCAUUGGUAUAGUAAUGAUUGCUCAAUGUGUUAAAGACUCGACUAUGCAAGAAAUGAAUGAACGAACUUCGGAAUCCGAAGGUGAGAAAAAAACUAAAAAUAAUAAGAAAUCUUCCAAAAAGUCUCGGCAGGAAUCAUCAUAUUCUAGCAGUGAACCUGGAGAAGAACAUAAGAAAGACAAAAAACGGAAGAAAGAAAAAUCUUCCAAGAAACGUAAAGAAAAGAAACGAAAUCGAAGUCAAAGUAACUCAUCAUCUAGUACUAGUAGUAAUCUUAGUACAAGGUAUUCAAUUAAAAGAUUUAAACAUUUAAGAUCAAUUUCAAGAUCUCCUAUUUCCCUUCCUUACUCACACUCAUUGUCUAGAUCUACAUCUCCGCCUCCUCGUUUAAGACGUUCACUUUCACGUAUGCGUCGAACACGUUCCCGUAGUAGAAGUUUACUCCCUCGUCGAAGGAUGGAUAGUUAUAGACCAGCAGAUACGGAUCGUACAGGAGCUAGAGCACGCAGUCGUGAUUGGAGUCGAAGUCGUUAUAGAAAUCGUAGUCGAGAUAAAAGUCGUGUUCGUGAUCGACGGGAAAGAAGUCGUAAUCCAAGUAGAGAUCUUAGUCGAGAUAAUAGAUCUCGAAGUCCUGAAAGGAAUCGUAAGAAUAAUAAACAAGCUAGAAGUAUCAGUCGUGAUAGAGGUGGCUAUCGUAGUAAAAGUCCUUACAAUAAGGAUGUUAGUCGUAAUAACGAACAAAGAGAACGUAAUAGAAGCAAAUCAGAAUCUCAAUCCCCACCAGUUAAAUACAAAGGCAGAGGAAGAUUUAAGUUCUUUUCUGCAUUAAAUGCCUGGUAG